UAAAAGCAGCCAUUGAUGAAAAAAUAAGAAAAAAGAUCACCGAAUCCACCGUGUCGGUGGAACCACUGGAUCAAAAUCAUCAUUUUAUCAUACACAUUGUUAGGGUUUGCAAUUUGUUCAACUUCCGGCGACUGAUCGAUCGGAAUGGGAGACGGUGGCGGUCUUCCUACGAUGGAUCUGAUGCGAUCGGAGCCAAUGCAGUUAUCUCGCAUCGUUAUUCCGAUGGAAUCUGCUCAUCGAACGGUGUCGUAUCUCGGUGACCUAGGCCUUUUUCAGUUUAAAGAUCUCAACUCAGACAAGAGCCCAUUUCAGAGGACAUUUGCUGCCCAGAUCAAAAGGUGUGGGGAGAUGGCACGCAAGCUUCGCUUUUUCAGGGAUCAAAUGACGAAGGCUGGUCUUUUAGCCUCAACAAGGUCUUCAUAUGGCUCAGAAAUUAGUCUAGAUGAACUGGAGGUAAAACUUGGAGAACUUGAAUCCGAGCUGACAGAGAUGAAUGCAAACACUGAAAAGUUACAGCGUGCUUAUAAUGAACUUUUAGAAUAUAAGCUUGUCUUGCAGAAGGCUGGUGACUUUUUUCAUCAUGCUCAAACCAGUGCUACAUUUCAACAGAGAGAAUUUGAAGAGCAUCGCCUUGUCGAAGGAUCAAUGGACAGUCCUCUGUUAUUAGAACAAGAAAUGACAACCGAUAUUUCAAAGCAAGUUAAGCUGGGAUAUGUAAGCGGUCUUGUUCCAAGAGAUAAAUCAAUGGCUUUUGAAAGGAUCUUAUUUCGUACUACCAGGGGUAAUGUGUUUUUGAAGCAAAAUGUUGUAGAGGAAGCUGUCAUUGAUCCUGUGCAAGGAGAGAAGGUGGAGAAAAAUGUCUUCAUCAUCUUUUAUUCUGGAGAAAGGGCAAAGAACAAGGUUUUAAAGAUAUGUGAUGCAUUUGGAGCAAAUCGUUAUCCCUUUACAGAUGACAUAGGAAAACGAUACCAAUUAAUUACAGAGGUGUCUGGAAAAAUUUCGGAACUGAAAACUACUAUUGAAGUUGGAACAUUGCACUGGAGCAGCGUGGUACAGGCUAUUGCUAAUCAAUUUGAACAGUGGAAUAAUUUGGUCAAGAAAGAAAAAUCAAUUUACCACACGUUGAAUACUCUCAGCUUUGAUGUGACGAAAAAAUGCCUGGUGGCAGAAGGCUGGCAUCCUGUUUUUGCUACAACUCAGAUCCAAAAGGCUUUGCAGAGGGCAACGGUUGACAGUAACUCACAGGUUGGGGCCAUAUUUGAGAUUCUGCAUUCUAAGGAAUCACCACCUACAUAUUUCCGCACAAACAAAGUUACUUCUGCUUUUCAAGAGAUUGUAGAUGCUUAUGGGGUCGCAAAGUAUCAAGAAGCAAAUCCUGGUCUAUACACAAUUGUUACUUUUCCGUUCUUAUUUGCAGUCAUGUUCGGAGACUGGGGCCAUGGUAUAUGCUUGCUUCUCGCCACACUGUUUCUUAUUCUGAGAGAAAAGAAAUAUUCUAGUCAGAAGCUAGGAGACAUAAUGGAAAUGGCAUUUGGUGGUCGUUACGUUAUCUUAAUGAUGUCAAUUUUUUCAAUCUACACAGGACUCAUAUAUAACGAGUUCUUUUCUGUCCCAUUUGAACUUUUUGGGCGAUCUGCCUAUGAUUGCCGUGAUCCUUCCUGCAGGGAUGCUACGACUAUUGGAAUGAUCAAGGUGCGGGACACUUACCCGUUUGGUGUGGAUCCUAUGUGGCAUGGAACACGUAGUGAAUUACCAUUUCUUAACUCGCUGAAGAUGAAAAUGUCUAUCUUAUUGGGAGUAGCUCAGAUGAAUCUCGGAAUCAUUUUGAGCUACUUCAAUGCAAAGUUUUUCAAAAAUGACUUAAACAUCCGGUACCAGUUUAUUCCCCAGAUGAUAUUCUUAAACAGUUUGUUCGGCUACCUUUCUCUACUCAUUAUUGUGAAAUGGUGUACCGGUUCUCAAGCUGAUCUAUACCAUGUAAUGAUAUACAUGUUCCUCAGUCCCACUGAUGAUUUAGGAGAGAAUCAGCUUUUUUGGGGCCAGAAAUAUCUUCAGAUACUACUACUGUUGCUAGCACUUGUUGCUGUACCAUGGAUGUUGAUCCCGAAGCCUCUUCUUUUGAAAAAGCAACAUGAAGAAAGACACCAAGGCCGAGCUUAUGCACCACUUUACACCCUUGAUGAGAAUAUUGAGGAAUCAGAUUUUAGUGACAAACCCCAUGGCGAACAUGAGGAAUUUGAGUUCAGUGAAGUUUUGGUGCAUCAGUUAAUCCAUACUAUUGAGUUUGUUCUUGGUUCGGUUUCCAACACAGCUUCUUACCUACGUCUAUGGGCUCUAAGUCUAGCACAUUCAGAGCUUUCCAGUGUAUUUUAUGAAAAGGUCCUCCUUCUCGCAUGGGGAUUCAACAACUUGGUUAUACUUAUAAUUGGCAUAAUUGUAUUCGUUUUUGCAACUGUGGGUGUUCUACUUGUGAUGGAAACCUUGAGUGCUUUCCUGCACGCGCUGAGGCUACACUGGGUUGAAUUCCAGAACAAAUUCUAUGAGGGGGACGGUUACAAAUUCAGCCCAUUUUCAUUUGCUACAAUCAGUGAAGAAGACGACAACUGAUAUGCCAUUUUUACAGGUUUUUUAGCUUGCUAUACCUCAACAUCUACAGUUGUAAUUGUAAUUGAUUGUAUACUGUAAAAUUAAAAAGAACAACUUAUAGCCAUUUUAUUCAUUAUUUUUUCUAUUAAUUGGAGAUUUACAACC